AAUAUUAAUAAAUAUUUUCCAUGAACCAAUUAAACAUGAAAAAACAAGUAAGAGGUUUUACAGGAAAAUAUUUUCCAUGUACCAAACACACCCAUAAUGUAUAAUACAUGUUGAAUUUGUUAAUCCCCAGGGAAAACAAAGGCGAAGAUGAACAUGACCAGCCAGCAACCAUACCACCAGCCGGCUACUCUUGAAGAAGUUCGUACACUUUGGAUUGGGGAUUUACCAUACUGGGCUGACGAGUCCUAUCUCCAUACCUGGUUUGCUCACACUGCCGAGGUGCUCUCAAUAAAAGUUAUCCGCAACAAAAUCACUGGCCAACCUGAGGGCUAUGGGUUUGUGGAGUUUGGUUCACACGCAGUUGCUGAGCGAAUUUUGCAGUCGUAUAAUGGAACUCAAAUACCGGGGACAGAGCUAACUUUUAGGUUAAAUUGGGCAUCAUUUGGGAUUGGAGAGCGUCGUGAUGCUGGUCCAGAGCAUUCUAUAUUUGUUGGGGAUCUAGCACCUGAUGUGACAGAUUAUCUGUUGCAAGAGACUUUUCGUACUCACUACCCGUCGGUUAGAGGAGCGAAGGUUGUUACUGAUCCGAAUACUGGCCGCUCAAAGGGAUAUGGUUUUGUUAAAUUUGCCGAUGAGACAGAAAGAAACCGUGCAAUGACUGAAAUGAAUGGGAUGUAUUGCUCAACUAGGCCGAUGCGCAUCAGUGCAGCAACACCAAAAAAGUCUAAUACUGUCCAACCACAAUAUGCAGUAGCAAAAGCAGUAUACCCUCCUGCCAUUUAUCCUCAGACAAUGCAGACUAUUCCUGUAGAUAAUGACUUGACUAAUACAACAGUUUAUGUUGGUAAUCUGGACCAUAACUUAACUGAAGAGGAGCUGAGACAAGUAUUUUUGCAAUUUGGGGAAAUUGUUUAUGUUAAGAUCCCUGCUUCCAAGGGCUGCGGUUUUGUGCAGUUUGCUGCGAGGUCUUCUGCUGAAGAAGCUAUCCAGCGGAUGCAGGGUGCUGUGGUUGGUCAACAAAUUGUUCGUGUUUCCUGGGGUAGGAGUCCGACAGCUAAGCAGGAUGCUGGUCUAUGGGGUCAACCUGCUGAUCUGAGUCAAUGGAGUGCUUAUUAUGGCUAUGGACCAGGUUAUGAUGCCUAUGCUUAUGGCGCCACCCAGGAUCCUUCACUAUAUGCAUAUGGUGCAUAUGCCGGUUAUGCUCAAUACCCUCAACAGGCUGAAGGUGCUCAGGAUUUGGCUGCCAUGACUGGUGUUCCUCCAGUUAGUGAACAACGAGAAGAGCAGCAUGAUCCUUUGGCUGUGCCAGACGUUGACCGGCUAAAUAAUGCUUACCUUGCUGUCCAUGCAAGCACAAUCUUAGGACGGCCAUUGUGGCAGAGGACAUCAUCGUUUUCACAAGCAUAGAUUUCACAGUAACAGAGAUACAGUACCUGUUUGAAAUGAGUUCUUUUAUGUAGCAUCCUUAAUGCUACUUUCUGAAAUCUCCCGCCAAAAUUUUCCUUUUUGAUCUUUUUUUUUCCCUGUGUAAUUAUAGCCUUAGUUCUCUCAGGGUGUUGGGUGUCUUUCAGUUAUUACUAGCGAUACAUUUUGUAUGUUCUCAGGCUACCUUGCCUUUAGUUUGUCUGAAAAACCCAAAGAUAACCAUCUAUAUUUGUAUGCUUGUGGAUGACUAAGUGACAUAGAGGAUUUGCGGUGGAAGAGUUAUUUUCAAUAUUGGGAUUAAAACA